CCAGCUUCCACUCCUUCACAGCGCCGGCUACUGAACAACAGGGCUAUCACCGUCCUUGUGUUUUUAGAAAGAUAGGCUGUGACGGAAGAAAAAAAUAAGCAUGGCAGACUGUUCACUUAGUCGUUCUCUUACAAGGAGUGCGGCCGUGGUGGGUGACUGAGUGAUGCCAUGUGGCAGUGUGAGAUUCAACAAGGACCUGAUCAUCAUCCCUCCUUAUCAAGAUGGAGACAACGAUCCACGGUGACUAUAUAUCCACGACAUUUUCCUGUUUGACAAUGCCUUACCUUUUGUUUUCUACCUCUUUGGACUGAUCUUCUUGCCGACACCUGGACUCUGAUAAUACCGCUUGCACGCAAUGGCUUCUGACGCAACGACACCGGCGACUGGGGGUGACUCGGUCACCCAGAACCUGAACCUCUACUUCCGCUCCGCAGAUAUGGGAUACGUGAUAGUAUGCAGUGCGAUGGUAUUUCUCAUGGUUCCCGGCCUCGGAUUUCUGUACUCUGGCCUCGCUCGCCGCAAGUCCGCACUCUCGAUGAUUUGGGUCUGUUUGGCUGGCUCGUGUGUGGCCCUUGUUCAGUGGUUUUUCUGGGGCUACUCGCUUGCCUUCUCGCCGACUGCGUCUAACGCGUUCAUUGGCGACCUUCACGCCAUCGGUCUGCGCAACGUCCUUGCUGCCGCUUCGGUCGGGACGACUUUGAUUCCCGAGUUGCUGUUCGCAAUGUACCAGGGCUUGUUCUGCGCCGUCACCGUCGCGAUCAUCAUGGGUGCAGUCACCGAGCGCGGCCGUCUUCUCCCGGCGAUUGUGUUUUCUUUCGUUUGGUCGACAAUCGUCUACUGCCCGAUCGCGUACUGGAUCUGGAACCCGAACGGCUGGGCAAACAAGUGGGGAGUCUUUGACUACGCCGGCGGCGGCCCUGUCGAGAUCGGCUCCGGUCUCGCGGGUCUCGCGUACUCGCUCGUCCUCGGCCGUCGCUCGGAGAAACUCCUGGUCAACUUCCGCCCGCACAACGUCUCGCUCGUGUCGCUCGGCACCGCUCUGCUCUGGUUCGGAUGGCUCGGAUUUAACGGCGGCUCGUCCUUCGGCGCCAACCUGCGCGCCAUCUACGCGUGCUGGAACUCGAUCCUGACCGCCGCCUUUGCCGCGCUCUCGUGGUGUCUGAUGGACUACCGGCUCGAGAAGAAAUGGUCGACCGUCGCGCUUUGCUCGGGUAUCAUCUCGGGCCUGGUCGCAGCCACGCCUGCCUCGGGCUUGAUCCCCUUGUGGGCCUCGGUCGCGCUCGGCGUGUUCUCCGGCAUCGCAUGCAACCUGUCCACCGAGCUCAAGUUUGUCUUCAAGAUCGACGACGCGCUCGACAUCUUCGCCGAGCACGGCGUCGCGGGCAUCAUCGGCCUUCUCUGGUGCGGUUUCUUCGCGACCGACUACGUCAUCGGCCUCGACGGCGUCAACCUCCGCGCCACGGGCGCAGGACUCAACGGCAACUGGAGCGCGCUGUACAAGCAGCUCGCCUACGUGUGCGCCUGCUCGGGCUACGUCUUUGCAAUGACCUGCCUGAUCUGCUUCGUGCUCGACCACAUCCCGGGCCUUAAGUUGCGCGCGGACGAGAACGCCGAGCUGCUCGGCAUGGACGAGGACCAGAUCGGCGAGUUUGCGUACGACUACGUCGAAGUCCGCCGCGACUUCCUCGCGUGGUCGUCGCCGCAGGUGGUCGAGAGCUCGGAGGAGUAUGCCGAGAGCAGUAAGCACCGGGAUGAUAGCAUCGAGAAGGAUCAGAAAGAGGCGGCUUCUAGCGCGCAGUCUUUUGUCGUCUCGGAUGGUGCUGAGCAGUGAUUUUUUUGUUGUUUUCUUUUGCUAGUUUUUUGAUGUUUUCUUUUGCUUGUUUUUUGUUUUUUGAUUUUUGAUUUUACUUUGGGUGUUUUUGGUGAUUUUUCUUUUGUGCU